UCCAGCCAAUCAGAUUGCGCGCCAACACAUGGCCUUUUCCCAAAUAAGUGAUGAACCCCGUUCAUAUAAAUGACGUGACGCAGGUACUUCUGUAUGCACAGCUGUUAAAGUGGACGGUCGGCGCUUAUCAGCAAGAGAACUAUAGAGGAAUCAUGCCUUCAGUUCCAUCCAACAAAGAGAAUGACAGUCCUGCCUGCCCUUUUUCUGGCAAGAAGACCACUGGCAAGAAUGGUGUUGAGAAGUUGGUUUCAGAUAACGUAGACAGAACCCUGCAGCUGAAUAGAGAAACUGUGGCCACUGAUCCAAAAUGGAUUCGUCCUGACCUGCCAAGCAGAUGUACCUGGAAACCAGGAAUGUCUCUUGAAAAUUCCCCUCACAAAUACUUCCCCAGGACAAAAGCUGAGAAGAUUCUGCCCAACAUCCUGGACAGGAUUGGAGACACACCACUGGUCCGUAUAAACAAGAUCUCGAAGACUUUUGGACUAAAGUGUGAACUUUUGGCCAAGUGUGAGUUCUUUAAUGCUGGUGGUAGUGUGAAGGACCGUAUCAGUCUGCGCAUGGUGGAGGACGCAGAAAGGGAAGGCAUCCUCAAACCCGGAGACACCAUUAUAGAGCCCACCUCUGGAAAUACAGGUAUUGGUCUUGCAUUGGCUGCAGCAGUGAAGGGUUAUCGCUGCAUAAUUGUUAUGCCUGAGAAAAUGAGCAUGGAAAAGGUUGAUGUCUUGAGAGCUUUGGGUGCUGAGAUUGUCCGAACUCCCACCAGUGCACGGUUUGACUCCCCUGAGUCCCAUGUGGGUGUGGCUUGGCGCUUGAAGAAUGAGAUUCCUAACUCACACAUCCUGGACCAGUACCGCAAUCCCAGCAACCCCCUGGCUCAUUACGACACCACUGCUGAGGAGAUCCUGGAGCAGUGUGAUGGUAAAGUGGAUAUGCUGGUGGCAGGAGCCGGCACAGGUGGCACUAUUACUGGUGUUGCUCGCAAACUGAAGGAGAAAUGCCCAAAUAUUAAGAUUGUUGCAGUGGACCCAGAGGGCUCGAUCCUCGCUGAGCCUGAAGAGCUAAACCGGACUGAUAAAACCCAGUAUGAGGUGGAGGGCAUCGGAUAUGACUUCAUACCCACUGUCCUGGAUAGAUCUUUGGUUGACAAAUGGUACAAAAGCAAUGAUGAGGAAUCAUUUGCCAUUGCCCGAAUGCUUAUAAGAGAUGAAGGGCUGUUAUGUGGUGGGAGCUCAGGCACUGCCAUGGCGGCUGCAGUAAAGUUUGCCAAAGAGCUGAAGGAGGGACAGCGCUGUGUCGUGAUUCUGCCAGACUCCAUUCGCAACUACAUGUCCAAGUUCUUGAGUGAUAAGUGGAUGUUCCAGAAGGGCUUUCUGAGGGUGGAAGACAUCAUGGUGAAUAAACCCUGGUGGUGGAAUCUGAAAUUACAGAGUCUAAACCUUUCUGCUCCACUAACUGUGCUGCCCACAGUCACAUGCCAAAAAACCAUCAAAAUCUUGAAAGAAAAGGGCUUUGACCAGGCACCUGUCGUAAAUGAAGCUGGGUUGAUUCUGGGAAUGGUGACCCUGGGAAACAUGCUUGCCUCUGUGCUUGCAGGAAAGGUCAAGCCCUCUGACCCUGUCAGCAAAGUGCUCUACAAACAGUUCAAGCAGAUUCGUCUAACUGACAAUCUGGGAAAGCUGUCUCGGAUCUUGGAAACAGAUCAUUUUGCCCUGGUGGUCCAUGAGCAGAUACAGUAUCUGACAGAUGGAUCUUCCGCUCAAAAGCAAAUGGUGUUUGGAGUGGUGACAGCCAUCGAUCUCCUCAAUUUUGUGACGGCUCGAGAGAGAAGAGAGAGAUCCAUGUCAGAAUCAACAGAUGAAUACUGAAGGCAAUAGAGCACUUCCUGCCUCAAGCUGAAUGUGAUGCACUACAAAGAAUCAUAAUGUUAGAGAUAUAGAUGUCAUAUAGUUAUUACACCCAAAUUUGGGCAGUAGGGUUGGGUGGCAUUGCUUCUUAAUAUUAUAUUUCUUGCUUAUGUGUUUCUUAGCCAAUAAUUAUGUAAACGUUUACAAAUGUUGUUAACAAAUGAUGUUUAAAGGCAAAACAGGGUCUAAAAUAGUUUUUACCACUAAUUUACGUUAAUGGAUAUAAAUAGUUGUUAUUGGCCAUGGAUGUGUAUUUUGUAUUGUGUUAUUCCAAAACUAUUUGUUUUAGUCAAUGUGACAAUUAUUGUGGUUUGUUUUCUUGCAUAGAAACGGUGCUGACAAAAGAAGAAAGAAAAAGUGAUUGUACUUUGUAUUUUCAUUUUGGUUGCUUAAUGUGAGAAAUAUUUGACAUGUCACCACAUGUAAUUCUGCUGGAUCAAAUUGAAGGCACCCUAGAAAAACCUCUGAUGGCAAAUUUUCCACUGAGGUAAAAGUGGUUACAAGUUAUAAAGCAAGGGAUGGCUGUCAAAUCCUUCUCCUGGAGGGCCACUUUCCAGGAGAGCUUAGUUCUAGUACAACUGCUUGGAAGUUUCUUGUCUUCUUUCUUAUAGACCUUUGCUUAAAAGUGGCCCUCAAAGACCAGGUCUUGUCAUAAACAUUUAUAACAUUUAAUUUGAAUCACUUCAUUUGAGUCACUUUUAUCAGUGAGGGCCAGGUUAAUCAAUGUGAUGUUGCAGUAACAACCACAGUGAAGGCAAGUGGCUUUGGCACAAAGUGUUUAAAUGAACUAAAUAAAAUUAGUUUACCAGCAUGAUUGUUGAAUGUUGUUUCUUUACUCU